UUACCGCUUUGGUUCUUAUCGGUGUUUAAUAAACUCAAAACAGCAUACCUAAUACAUCGCUAGACUUGGCUAAACAUUAUUUAUACCCGACGAAGACUACAAUAAGGAAAUUGACAGAAAAGCAAAGUGUAAAUGUGUACACUUCGGUUAACGAACUGGACCAUCUUCAUGGCGAGUUAAUUACCAUUGAUUGGUGUGCAUGGUCGGCAACUAUCACGGCUAGUCCCGGCUCACAGUGCGUCCGGGACCCGACAGUGGCACAUCAAUCACGAGACCAUCAUCAAUAACAUCAUCAACGCAUGUAAACAAAUAACGGUCCCGCUUUGUUCAUUGUGAUUAAAACACCAUUUGACAGUCUAAAGCGCCGCGGAAAUGGACGACCGAAAAGUUAAUUAUUUGAAUAAUCAAAUCCACCCUUACAAAAUUGUGAUCUCUGCAAUUGUUAUAGUAUGCUGCUAUGGGACUUUUACGUCAGCGACGCCGAAUACAGUCAGUGCGAAUAGAACAAGUGUUCAAAAUGAGACUGAGGUUAGCCAACUGUUCCACUGGGAGGACUACAGCGUCCUGGCCACCAUGCUGAUCGUGUCCUGCGCGAUCGGCGUCUUUUACGGAUAUUUUGGAGAAAAACAGACAACCAGUGACGAUUUUCUACUCGGCGGUUCCUCUAUGGGCACAUUUCCAAUGGCCUUAAGCCUUGCUGCGAGUUUCAUAACAGCUAUAGAGUUAUUAGGAAACCCAGCGGAGAUGUAUAUCGGCGGUGCUCAAUUUUGGAUGAUUUGCGUUUGCUUCAUACUAGUGGCGCCCAUCACAAGCCAACUUUAUCUGCCGGUGUUCAUGAGACUACGUUUGACUUCUUGUUACGAGUACUUGGAAGUGCGGUUCUGCAAGUCGAUCCGCGUGUUCGCGAGCGCCCUGUAUAUGUUACAGAUGAUACUGUACACGGCAGUGGCGGUGUACGCUCCGGCACUUGCGCUCUCUGAUGUAACGGGAUUGAACACCUACCUUGCAGUUACGAUAGUGUACGUCGUGUGCAUAUUUUAUGCUUCGCAAGGUGGCAUGAAAGCAGUGAUAAUGACGGACACGUUCCAGUCGGCGGUGCUAGUCGGCUCGCUGGCGGUGGUGCUGGGCAUGGGCGCCGCCCGCGUCGGCGGCAUGGACACCGUCUGGGCUCAUGCCAGGGACUCCAACAGGCUGCAUUUCUUCGACAUGAAUCCUGACCCAACAGUGCGGCACUCGUUCUGGUCAGUGGUGGUGGGCGGCACCAUGUACUGGACGAGCAUGUUCUGCGCCAACCAGGCCUCGGUGCAGAAGUACCUGUCGGUGGAGCGCCUCUCGCAGGCGCGCGUGGCGCUCUGGGUGUCGGCCCUCGGACUCUUCGCCGUCUACUCCAUCAAUUUCGUCACCGGCGCCGUGCUGGCCACGCAUUAUGCUAACUGCGAUCCAAUUCAGGCGCGGCAGAUCAACGGGUCAGACCGGCUCCUGCCGCUGUACGUCGUGCAGCAGCUCGGCGACGCUCGCGGCGUCCCCGGCUUCUUCGUGGCCGGCAUCUUCGCCGCCAGCCUUGGGACCGUAGCCUCAACUUUGAACUCUUUAGCGGCUAUUGCUUGCCAAGAUCUAGCCACCGGACUUUUAGGAAUACGGCUGCCUGAAAACAAGGGAGCCGCGAUUGCCCGAUGGGUAUGCCUCGGGUGCGGCGCGGUGUCGUUUGCGCUGACGUUCGCGGUGGAGCGGCUUGGGCCGGUGCUGCAGCUGGCGUUGUCCUUCAACGGCAUGGCCGGUGGCGUCACGCUCGGGCUGUUCACGCUCGGCAUGCUGUUCCCCUGGGCCAACGCUAAGGGCGCCGUCGCCGGUGGGGUGUUCGGGCUGCUGGUAGUGCUGGCGGCGUGCGGCGGAGCACAACUGUCGCAGGUGACGCCGCACCACCUGCCGACCUCCGUCGAGGGCUGCCCCGCUGCGUACAACCUCACUGAGGCGUUCACUGUCAACCCUGCAAACCAACACGAAGAAUCAGUAUUCUGGCUGUUCCGAGUAUCGUAUCUGUGGUAUUCCGGACUUGGAUCGAUGGCUACGCUUCUCAUGGGGCUGCUGGUGUCUGCGAUCACGGGCGCCACUGACCCCACGCAGGUGCCCAUAGACCUCAUCUCCCCUCCCGUCAUCACGCUGCUCAACAAGUUACCGAAAAAAGCUAAGUCAAUACUGCGUCUCCCGGCGCGCCUGGGAUCGGAGCGGCGACGCAGCUCGAGCGUGCGGCCGCCCAGCAUGGCCGACGACAAGGACACGCGGCGCCGGCGCCGCCUGUCCGAGCUGGCGGGCGGCGUGUUCUACAGCGACGCGGGCCUCGCCUACGGGCACGACAACCUCGCGCUCGCGCACGCCGCUAAAGAGCCAGAGGACUACAAUCCGAACCAUACCCCAUGAAACCACAGAUAACCCCAUUGAUUAAUUACUCGUGUUAUACAUCAGUGGGAACGUCUUCUAGGAGAUCUGCAGUUUUAUUUGUGCUUGCAAACAGUAGGUGCAAUAUUCCUACUAGCGUGCAAUAAGUUGGCCAAAGAAUUUAGAAUAAAGCAAAAAUUGAUUUAAUGUUACGUUUUAGAAAUAGGUACCUACUUACACGUAAAUUGUCGUCAAUACAUUUUAUUUAUUACUACUUACGUAUACCAUACUUUUUUCUUCAAGUUAUACUCAACUAUUGUUUUCAAUCUCACUGAUUCCGUAAAAUUAUAAAUAAGUAAGUAUAGGCGAAUACGUAGUAUAGCUUCUUAUUUACUGUGAAGACAGCUAAUUAUAAUAUUUAAAUUUAUAUAAAGAAAUUGGCUAUUAAACUUACAAAAGCAAUUAGAAGUGAAAAGCAGGUGAUCACAAAAUGAAUACGGCAUUCAAUUAAAAUUACCUGUCUUUAUUUACUGACGUCUCUGACAGUAGGUAAUCAUAAUAUUCAUAAUUCUGGCACAUGAAAUAACUACGUGUAUUCGAUAAAGUAUGCGUGAAAUUAAUUUUACCGCCUGUAGUAAGUUCUCUAAUCUCGGACACCCAUAACAAUUGCAUACUCGUAUUUACACGGACAUACUUGCGGUUGAUAUGAGAUCACUAAUACCUACCUACUAAUAAUAAUGCACCUUUUUAACUACAUCAGUGGAUAAGGAGUUACCAUAAUAGCAUACUUUAAAAAUGGAUGAUAAGUUGCAUUUUUCCACAAUAGGGUCACAAUCAUUUUAACUACAAAUUUUAACUUGAUGCCCAAAGCUGGCUGGUAUGAUGAUUUUCAAUCGUAAAUAUUAGUAUUAUAUUUAAAUCAAAAUCAUCAUUUAUUAGCCGGGUCCACACAGAGCGAGGCCCGCCGCGAGGAAAACGUGCCUCGGCCGAGGCAAUGAGUGCGUUAUGCUCGGCCGCGUAACCUGCCUCGUUCUCGUGAACAUAUUGUCUCGCGACGUGCCUCGCUCUGUGUGGACCCAACUAUUGAUAAAUGAUUUCCGACCAUACCUUACCCUUUUUAUGGCGAUCGUAAGGAUGAAUAUGAAUUAUGUUAGUUUUUUAUGUAAAAAUAGUAAAGAAAAACUAAUUUUA